AACAUGGCGGCGUCCGAGCAGACGACGGAUGCAAACGUGAACGUCCCGGAGUACGAAUAUCCCGAUGUUAAUACAAAACCAUUUCAUAUCGGCUCUUUUAAAAAGGAGUGGCUGAACAGACUGAAACCAAGCGACUACUCGUAUGAGGAGGCGGAUGAGGACGCAUUUCUUGCUAACUUUGCUGAAGAGAUGGGGGUCGGUGCGGAAACCAUGGCUGAUCUUAAGACUGUGUGCAGUGUUGAUUCGCUUCGAUGUCACCCUGAAGAUCAGCAGCCUGACACAGAAGUUGUACCUCCAGAUCCCACAUUAAGAACACUAGUGCAAAGAAAGAAGAGGCAAGACCACCGAGCUUCUCUUAAAAAGAUUAAAAAGAACAGACAUGACCUCUAUGCAGAUGAACUGGAGCGCCUAACCAUUGGCAGGAAACCAGAAACGGUGACUGACAUGGUUCCUGAAGGAGAGAUCAUUCUAACCAUCAAUGUCUACUACCCAGCUGUGUUUGACAAAUUUAACUACAUCAGACCCCACAUGACUCUCCUGAUGACGGGUUCCCACAGCUUGGCAGAGCUCAGGGAUGCUGUUUGCUGUGUCAGUGACUUGCAAGUGUGUGGAGAGUUCAGCAACACGCCUGACGUAGCUCCAGAAUUCAUUAGCAAGGAUCAUUACAAGUCAGCUUUCUUCUUCUUUGAAGGAGUUUUCUACAAUGACAUGCGGUUUCCCGAGUGCCAGGACAUCAGCUCGACUACAAUUGAAUGGGCUAAGUCCCAUAACUUCCCAUCCUACAGCCAGGCCAAGAUGGAGGACACACUUUUGGAGGAUCUGAAAGUCAAAGUGGGAUUCCCGUAUCUCUACUGUCACCAGGGCGACUGCGAACAUCUGGUCAUCAUCACAGAUGUUAGACUGGCCCACAAGAACGACUGUCUAGACAAGAAUCUGUACCCACUGCUAACGCACAAGCACAGAGUCCUCACCCAGAAGUGUGCUGUCUGCCAUGUUUUCAUUGGAAGAUGGUAUACCACCAACGACCAGUUUGCUCCGAGUGACCCAUGUCUCUUCUGUGACAAAUGCUUUCGUGUGAUGCACUACGACGCUCAAGGCAAUAAACUGGGAGAAUUCUUGGCCUAUCCCUAUGUGGACCGGGGUGCCUUUAAUUAAUGGUUCUCAUGACCUAUUGCUGUAUAAUACAGUUACAUGGUUUAUAUUUCAGAAAGAAAUGUUCUGAUACUUGCAACGUCAUCAAAACUGUUUUUUUAGGUUUUGAGUUUCCUCUUUGAGCUAAACAGUAACAUUUACUGAUAAACAGUUCAGUUGACAGCAGCACGGUCAGUUUAAUGUUUAGCAUACUUGUGUGUGGGGGUUUUUUUUGUGUAAAGUUAUUGAUUUUUAAAUGCACAAAACAGCUUUUUGAUUGAUUUUGAUUGAUUGAAUUCAUUAAAAGUAACCGAGUUAUUAUGUUUGA